AUGGAUCAACCUAGGCUCUGCCAAGCCACAGGCCUAAACGUGUUCCACGCCAAUGACUCUGACCAGGCUAGGAAUUGCAGCCCCGAAGAAAGUUCCAUCUACCAAGAUGGCACCCCGUUCUCCUGGAAGGUUGUCCUCACCAUCGUCUUGGCUCUCAUCACCUUGGCCACCAUAUUGUCCAAUGCUUUUGUAAUUGCCACCGUCUACCAGAGCCGUAAGCUCCACACCCCAGCCAACUAUCUCAUAGCUUCCUUGGCAGUCACUGACCUUCUGGUGUCCCUCCUUGUCAUGCCUAUCAGCACCAUGUACACUGUGACUGGGAAAUGGACUCUUGGCCAGAUUGUGUGUGACAUUUGGCUCUCUUCAGACAUCACUUGUUGCACUGCUUCCAUUCUCCAUUUAUGUGUGAUUGCCCUGGACAGAUACUGGGCCAUCACAGAUGCAGUUGAGUAUUCUACUAAAAGGACUCCAAAGAGAGCAGCAGGCAUGAUUGCCCUGGUGUGGAUCUUCUCUAUCUCUAUCUCAAUCCCUCCUUUCUUCUGGCAGCAGUCUAAAGCUGAAGAGAUGGCUAACUGUGUGGUGAAUUCAGACCACAUCUUAUAUACCAUCUAUUCCACAGUGGGGGCCUUCUAUUUUCCUACCUUGCUGCUGAUUAUCCUGUAUGGAAGGAUCUAUGUGGAAGCCAGAUCUCGGAUUUUGAAACAGGCACCAAAGAACACCGGCAAAAGGUUAACCCGAGCUCACUUAAUAACAGAUUCCCCUGGAUCAACAUCCUCUGUCACUUCUAUAAAUUGCAAGGCCUCAGAGGCAUCCAGUGAAAUGGGGUCUCCUGUAUAUACGAACCAGGUCAAAGUGAAGGUAUCCGAUGCUUUUCUGGAAAAAAAGAAGCUGAUGGCUGCCAGAGAGCGGAAAGCAACCAAGACUUUAGGGAUUAUUUUAGGAGCCUUCAUUGUGUGCUGGCUACCCUUCUUUAUCAUUAGUUUAGUGUUGCCUAUUUGUAAAGAUGCUUGCUGGUUCCACAUGGCCAUCUUUGACUUUUUCACGUGGCUGGGAUAUCUUAAUUCUCUGAUCAACCCUAUCAUCUACACUAUGUCCAAUGAAGACUUCAAACAAGCAUUUCACAAAUUGAUACGGUUCCGAUGCACAAGUUGA